AUGUUCACAACGCUCAUCUCCAUCUUUCUCUCAGUCUUCGGCGCCUUGCGUGCCGCCCCCCUCUACUAUUCUCGCAUCCUGACUCUUGGCAACACAGUCUGGGCUGGCUUGGGUGACCGCACAGCAACCAUCGACACCCUCCCCGGCAUCAUCCCCAGCACACCCGUCUUCCGCCUGCCGCCUUCCCCUGUCGUGCCCACCCUACCAGCCGGAACACUUCCUCAAUGCCUCGGCCCUUCGCUGGUGUUACUCCUUGCUGUCCUCACGACUACAUUUGUCUUCUCUGGCGUCAUAUGGCGCCUGAGAGCCUUCUCACUAGCUCUCGGCGACCACGACACACACUUCAUGCACGCCGGUGACCUCGAGAAGCAUACCAUCAUCGACUUCUCGGGAGUCACCUACAACGGCCGCAUGACCACGUCGGAUGUCGACUUGGCAGGCUUCUUCGCGGGCUCCGCGGACACCCUGAGCACACAUCUGGACCCCUCGCUGCCAGUCACCGAUGCGCCGCGCGGCUGUGCGACGCCGACUAUCCCACACGAGACCCCGGCGGCUCCCUCUUGCGCAGCCGAGCGCCCCACACUCACCGAGUCCUCGAAGACGACUUCCGGCUCUCCAUCCGUCACACCGACGUCUGUCCUGCCGCCACCGACAGCUGUCAACCCCACCACCGUGCCCGUCGAACCCGCCACAGCAAUCGAGGAACACCACGACGACGGCGCCACCUUCCGCGAGAGCCUGGCGCGUUCGGUCCCUGUCCGUUUACGCGACCUCGCGCACAUCGCACCGGCCCAUCUCAGGCAGAUUGGCCGCGUCCACCGCGCCGACUUCCGUCGCUCCAUCCCCUCGCCGCUCGUCCGUAGCGGCGCCUCGUCCUACGCAGACCACCGCACGUAG